CCGUGCCAGGAUAGCGGCACCCAGCCACGCCAGCCCCACGGGGAGAGGCCGUGGUGCCAGCGAGGGAGGCCGGGAUGGCGUUUUGUGUGGGGUCACCCACCACAGGUCCCUGGCCGAGUGGGACAGAGCACAGCCAGGCUGAGGGCAUGGCUGAGGUGGGCAAGGGCACUCUGACCACCCACGUGCUGAACACGGCCACGGGGCUGCCGGCAGCCGGCCUCACCAUCCGCCUGGCCCGGCUGCAGGAGCCAGGGCCGCAGUGGACGGAGCUGGCACAGAGGCACACGGAUGCAGAUGGGCGCUGCCAGCCCCUCCUGGCACCGGAACAGGCCAAGGCUGGCACCUACAAGCUGCACUUUGAGACAGCUGAGUACUGGCAGGGACUGGGGCACAGCAGCUUCUACCCCUUCGUGGAGGUCAUCUUCAUCAUCACUGACCCCACACAGAAGCUCCACGUCCCGCUGCUGAUCAGCCCCUACUCCUACACCACAUACCGGGGCAGUUAGAAGGGCACAGCCUUCCCCUGGGGACGCAGGAAUGACGCCACCGAUGCCAUUAAAAACUCCAAACAGCA